CCGGACAGUAUACAUAGGAAUGCAUGGCAUGCGUAGAAAUGUUGUUUUGUAAUCAUCGGAUGGAACCCUCUGCUCUCGGCUUCUUUCCAUUAUUUUUCUUUCUUCCUUAGCUUUCUUUCAUGGUAUGGCUUCGCUAUGCCAAACAAUUUCCUCUUUUUCUUCCAACCCUUUAGUCUCCGCCAUUGUUGCACUCUACACUCUCAUCUUUCUCUACUUCCCCUCCCCUUUCCGCCGCCUCAUCCUCUUCUCUCCGCUCCUCGUUUCCUCUUCGGUUCUCUUCUUCUCCGUCCUCCGCCUCCGGUCCUCUCUCAGAACCGCCCGGUUCGCCUCGGACCGGGUCCAGGCCGAGCCUGCGGUUCAACCGUCAUCAUUACAAGCUCCGCGUGAUUGUCGCAAUGAUGUUGGUGGUCCGGGUCGGGUCGACCCGAACCCGAUGUACGAGGAUUCGUUUGUCGAGUGGAACGUGAGGGCGCCGCUGGAGGUGAUACAGGAGGAGUACGAGGAGGUGGAGGGGGAGGACGACGACGUUUUGAUGGGGAAGAGGGAUGCGGAUGUGGGGGCCAUCGAGAGGUACGCUUCUCUGUCGUUAUGCUACCCGGAAACGGAUUCCGAUAGCUGCUCGUCGGACGGGGAGUGGGGGUCGCCGGGAAACGACCGUUUCCGGUGGGAGGGGUUGGACAGAGAAGAGCUGAUAGAGAUUAAACUGAGCGGUAACGAGGUUUUAGAGGAGGAUAAUUUGAUCGAGAUCGACCUUUCUCCGGCGACUAUGAACGGCGGGUUAUUAUGUGAUGAUGAGGUUUAGAUUAGGGGCCAUUAUCUUUAAUCAAUCAAGUUAACAAAACAGAUUAAUUUUGCUGCACAAAAACAGGUGUCCGUUCUUGUAUGUUCUUCCCAAAGAUUUGCUCUUGUAUGUACUUAAUCUUUAUAUUGCUAAUAUACCUCAAAUCUUUAAUAAAAAUUCUCUCUUUAUUGGGCUACCA